AAGAGAUGCAACUUUUUGUGGUGAUAAAAGAAGAAAAAACCCCAGCUGUUUUUGCAGUAAAGUCUAUUUCACACUCGUAGAAAAAUCAACUUGGAGAAAUCUGUAUUGUAUGGUAUCAUAUUGAUAUCAAAGAGGUGUGCUUAUUGGUGAGACUGCACGUUAUGUUGGAAGAAUGCCGUCUGUGGCACAAACAAAUAUUGCUAGCAUUCGAGAUGUUUGGGCACACAACCUGGAAGAAGAAUUCCGGAAUGUCAGACAAAUUGUACAGAAGUACAGCUACAUUGCCAUGGAUACCGAGUUUCCAGGUGUAGUGGCGCGGCCUAUUGGAGAAUUCCGCAGUACCACUGAGUAUCAGUAUCAGAUGCUGACAUGCAACGUCAAUCUUCUGAAGAUCAUUCAGAUUGGUUUCACAUUCAUGGACGAAAAUGGAAACAGCCCAUCUCCUGUUACCACGUGGCAGUUCAACUUCAAGUUUAAUCUUACGGAGGACAUGUAUGCGCAAGAGUCAAUAGACCUGCUGCGCAAGUCGGGAAUCCAGUUUGACAAGCAUGAAAAAGAUGGAAUUGAGGUUAAUGACUUUGCUGAACUUAUGAUGACCUCCGGAAUAGUGCUAAAUGAUAAUGUCAAAUGGCUGUCAUUUCACAGUGGAUUUGACUUUGGUUACAUGUUGAAGUUCCUGACGUGUAACGACCUCCCGAAGGAAGAGUCUGAGUUCUUUGAUUUGUUGCGGCUGUUUUUCUGUAACAUCUACGAUGUGAAGUAUCUCAUGAAGAGCUGUAAGAACCUGAAGGGUGGUCUGCAAGAGGUGUCGGAACAGCUUGAGAUUGUGCGAGUUGGACCACAGCAUCAGGCUGGUAGUGAUAGCUUACUGACAGGUGCAGCAUUUUUCAAGAUGAGAGAGAUGUUUUUUGAAGACAACAUCGAUGAUGCGAAAUACUGCGGUCAUCUAUACGGAGUUGGGAUGUCGUACGCCCAGAAUGGAUCAUCUUCAAACUACGAGAACACGUGUUUCUCGCAGAACUCUCAUUCUACCACUUCGAAUUCAGCGAAUACUGACGAAACUGGAACAUCAUCUACACCGCCGACGUGAAGACGGAAACAUAUCUCGUCCAUCUCUUCUUGUUCAUCAUGGAAUACGGUCAUCAGUGGCAGACUUUUUAGCAGCAGAUUUAGCUCUUUGCAAUCAUUUCUUCAAUGAAGUAAAAACGUCUUUCAAGAUUUUCAGAUCCUCAGUGAUAGGACUAUGUUAAGCAGUGAAUAGACCAAUAAUAGUAAGAUAAGUGUGUUAAAAACUAAAAUAAUACAAUAAUAGACACUGAGAGUUUAUUGUAUGUAGAUAAUGUUGCAUAUGGUUUCAAACUUUGGAUUGUGAUUGCUUUUGAAAUGCUCUAAAGUAAAUAUAGGUAUAGAUUUUGAGUUUAGAAAUGAAUUUUUAAAGCAUUUCAAAGAACUAUGUAAGUAAUUUGUUUUAUUAGCUUAAUGAAAAACAUGGGCUAGUAGGGUUUUAUUACGGUUUUACUGAUGUAGAUUUCUGAAUUUGGCCUGUCACUGAUGGGUUGUUGUUUGCUAAUCAUGUGACCUAAGUUGAAGGUCAUGUGAUUAUCAUAUGGUUAUCAUAGUUUCAUUGUAAUUAGGCAUGUCCCAGAAUAUGUCUUCUGUUUUUAGACGGAUAAUUUGACUGUUAGUUGUCAAAUUAAGACUCAUUAAUUGCAAGAUCCUCCCUUUUUCUCAAAUACAAAUAAAGAAAACGUUUGAAGGUAAAAUAUUUAAUUAAAGAAAACUUAGAAAAGCAAAAUUAUUAGGGUUCAUAAAAAAAAUUAAAAAAAAUUGUAACAAGUUUGUGUUAUAAGCCAUACUUCACAGUAAUACUGCAUUAUAAUGAAAACUGCUGCUACAGACAUGAAUGAAGGAUUUUUUUUUGCAGGUGGGUUGGGAUCUGCAUGCAACAACUUAAAAUUAAUGGAAUGGGUUUUUUCAUUGUGAACAGUGGGUCCCAGACCGCCUCGAACCCCCAUUCCUUUUUCCUGGAUCCAUGCCUGUGCAAAUAAAUUUUCAAAUGCAUUUUACUGUAUAGUAUGUUAAAUAGUGUGGCAAAACCUGAAUUGGAUUAUGUCCAUCAAGACAUGGUUGCAUCAUGUAUUAAAAUGAAACUAAUCAAUAUUAGUGCUUUAUUGAUAAAUCCGUUAUUUAAAAUGAUUAAAAAAUGUAUCCAAAUUUAUCUGUAUAUUUAUAGAGUGAAAGUAAAACAAAUAAAUCUUGAGACAUACCCGAAAACAUGUUUUGCACUACAGUAGGAAUAAUAUAAAAACUUGCUUUGUGAAAUUUUUUGGAUUAUUGCAAUACCAGUCUUAAUCUGACAACGUUGCGUGAUGUUGUCUGACCUUUCACUUUGGUGGGGGGGAAAAUAUAAUUUUUCCUCGUUUGUGUCACGGUCCAUCUGUAUGUGUGUGGUGUUGUAUAUACCAAACAUCAAGCAGCGACCACAUAUUGUAAAUAUUUUACGGAUGUCCUCUUGAAGGGGUGGCUGCCUUGGCCAUAGGCUUCAUUAUAUGGGAGUUAAUGUUAUUGACAAUUAUCAUUAAUUUAAAAUGGAUCGGACAAGAAAUGUAAUUAAAUUUUUUAAUUUGUCAUUAGGUUUGGGAAUCACAUAUUUAAAGCAAAUGUUAUAUUUGGUUAUCAUUUUCUAAUUUUGUUAACUAACUUUUUUAAUGAUUCGUUUGUCUUCUGUUGUGCCAAGUAAAUACUAAUACUGUAAUACAUAAUUCGGUUUUUACUAAAGUGUGUUUCAGACUAUGAUUUGUAACAAUAUGAAAAGAAAAUCACAUUUGUAAAUAUUCAGAAGUCUGGUGAUUUGUUAUUUAGGUGACUAAUGUUUUGUUACAUUGGUUCAGUUUAACAAGCUAACAUUGCACUUGGCAACCACUUUGUUAUUCUUGUCAUUUUGAUCUCCAAACCAAGAAAUGUACGAUUGAUUUUUUUUUUUUACACAGUAGACUCAGUUUGUAUAGAGUUUUUGUGAAUUUAAACUUGAACCGUCACUGUAUAAUAACAGUUAACAGUUCUGUAUCAUGCUUAUAAAGCCAACAUAAUUAAUCGAUAUUGAUUUGGGGAACUUAUUGGGUGUUUUUUAAAUUACACAUGUAUUGAAGCCUUUUGUCCAUGGCAGUGAAUGCAGCACGUGGUUUGUAGCUCAGUGAUUCCGGCAGAAAGUAGCCAGUGAGGAAGGACUGGCCAGGAUAUCAGUAUCCCGACAUUAUAUUUUACAGCCCAGGAGAUCCUGACUAUGUACUACCAUUAACUUACUCUCAGGAUAUCACUGAAUUUAACAAGGCAGCCUUUCAUUGUUUUUGGAAUGUUUAUCACACGAAGUUCGAUCAUAAAUCAUCCCAAGAGAUUUUAAAAAAGGGUCGCUUAAUUAUUUUAGUUUAACACUUUCACCCUUUUCUUAUAUACUUUUAGCCAUUGAAAAAUGAUUUAACAUUAUUACAACAGAUGAAGACUGAAAUUUCUGUGACUGAUAUAUAUUAAGAUAUUAUUAAUGGCAUCGUGAUACAUAAAAUAUUUAUUGAGAUUUCAGGGUCCAAUUCAUAUAAUUGUAUAUUUAAAAAAAAAAGAGAUCUCUUUAAACAUGUGUGGUCUUUGUUGAGUAAGUGGUAUCUAAUACUAAUAAAUGUGUUAACAUUGAAAAUAACUUGGUAGGUUAUUGUAAAAGAUAAAUACUAAAAUAUAAAUUAAUUGGUUGUUUGUGAUAACUUUUGGGACAAUCAGUCAUUACAGAUAAGACGCAGGAUUUUGACAUUUUGCACUAGUUUCUGUAUUUAGAACAUUGACAGUUAAUAUUUGUAAUGCAGAAUGCAAACAACAGCGGGGGGAACAAAUCUUAAUGUUUAAAGAUAUAUUUAUCAUUUCAAUACAGUGGACCCAUAAUGACAUUUGUUUUAUUGUGCAGCCAUUUAUUGGAUUAUAUAAUCACCCAUAUUAAGCAAGCCUUUCCAGACAGUUAAAAAGAACUUGUCAAUUUUAUAAACUAAACAUAUUUGGCUGCAUUUAACUAAAGCAAAACAUAAAUGUAAACAAAAUAUCUCAAGUUUUUUUAAAGAGAGUUGUAGGAGAUACCCUGUGUUGUUGACAAUGGUUGACAUUUCAUCAUUUGUGUUUAAGGAGAAAGGGGCUUUCCCUUGCAUUUUAAUUCAUUUACACUCAAGUUGUGUGCCUGUGUGUGUUUGGUGGUUGAAUCUUUGUAUGAGUGGACCUUGUUUUAGUAGUCAUCAACACAACAAAGUAAGUGGUGCGUUUCGUUGUUUGCACACUGUCAUUCGAUGUGUUGUGUGGGUAUCGAUUUUUGUAGCUUUUCGCAAACAGCUUUUUUUUUGGUUGUGGCUGUUUAAAAUGGGACUUGUCUUGGUGAAAAAUAAGACUGUUUUGUACAUUUCUCAAGUGUUUUUAAUCAUGCCAUACAUAAAAAUUGAUACUCCAUGGAUUUCGAGGAUUAUGCAAAGUGAUGUUUUAGACAACUUUUUAUUUUUAAAUUGGUUUAUGCGAAUUGAUUUUAAUUGGUGGAAUUUUAUUAAAAACUACUUGCUACUGUUACUUUUACUGAAUUGUCAAAUUGUAUUUCUUUUUGAGAGGAAUUCUGGUAUUAAAAUUUAUUACGUAACGGCUGUGAUAUGACAUGUUAAAGGUACCAAUUCCUGUUACAACCCUGUACUAUACUUCUGAAUAAGACACACAUUUCUUGCUUAAUUUUGUGUACAUCUUGGUUGUCUGGUGGUUAUAAGGAAAGCUCAUGACAGCAUUUCAGUUUGAUCAUUUGGCAUUUUUGUAAAUUUUCACAAUACUGAAGGUUUUUGAAGAUACGUUUAUGAAAUAUACCCUAUUAACACGGCAAGAUCUUUGGCCAGUCACGACUGUUCAGUGAAUCAUGAACAUAAGCCUUCAUUUAUUUCCCUGAUAAACUCUAAAAAUUUGGAGUUUGGGAAAGUGAAUUCAGAAAUACAUGUUUCAUGUUACCAGAUGUGCUGAAUUAUGUUUCAAGCAAGAACUAUAUAUGUUUUAGCCAGAAAUAUCCUUCAGUGUUGUAAGACAACACACAUUUGUCAUUUAGUGCUGUGGGUUUAAUCCUACACAGGGACAAGAUGUUGUUGAAUCAGUACAGCGCUUGGGUCAUAGGAUCAAAUCCUCUCAGUAGACCUAUUCUCUGAUCGUUGCUUUUUUCCCAUCCAAACCAGUGUCUGCAACUGGUAUAUCAUAGGUAAUUUUUAUGUGCUGUCCCAUCUGAUAGUACACAUAAAAAAAAAUGCUUUGCUACUAAUGAUAAAAUUUAAAAGGUUUCAUAAGACUAUGUAAGAAUGAUCAAAUGUUUGACAGCCAAUAGCCUAUGAUUAAUAAAUCAAUGUGAUCUAGUGGUGCCAGUAAACAGAACACAGGUCAGCCUUUAUUGUAUCAUAGUCUGUUAUCUUUGACUAGUUUUAUUCAUGUUAAGCUUACAUUGAUGUAGGUGAUGUGUGAAGGUUUUAACCUACCCACUAAGAUCAUAUUUAGCUGUUAUGCUGUAGUUCAUGAACACGAUAACAGUAAAUUGAUGUGUGUAUUUUUUAAACUGCAGUCAAGUCUCAAAUUUGGUCUGGUUGUAAAAAUCCUGGGUCCUUAUUACAGGUCAGGCUUUAGAAUCACAAUUUUGAAGUGUAGAUUCUUGAGAGUAGGGCUGGUGGGUGAGGCUUUGUUUUAAUUAUUGCUUAAAUUAAUUUGAAUUCCUCAUUAUACAGUUUUGCUAGUUCAGUAAGUGUAACAUUAUAGCCAUUUUUAAAGCUGCUUUUCAGUUAAUAUUAAGUAUUGAAGGCUGUCUUAUAUGUUUUGGUUUUAUGGUGUAACAUAUUUUAGCGCUAGGUUUAUCAAUGGUAGGAUGUGGGUAAUUGGAUGUUACUUUGUUGUGUUCACUGAAAAUAUGUUUCUCUGCUUGUGUUUGAUUUUUAAAACAUAUCAUUGCAUGUGUCCCUCGCAAAAGAUUCAACGAGUGUGUGAUAUUAUAGACAUUUAGCAUUGUGUUAGAUGUUGGGGAUAUAUUUUUUAUCAAAUUACUGGAUUUAUACCCCUGUAAAGACUGUCUGUGAUAUUGUGGAAUGAGAAUGAAUGAACAACACAUGUGAUCUCAGAUAAUUGUUUUUUUCUUUAUGAAAUAAUUAAGCUGAUAUGUAAGCUGAAAUUUUAACUGAAUUAUGUCGUGUGGAUCUUGUCCUAUUAUGUUCAUCUGAAAUGUUGUUGUUUAAUAUACAUGUAAAAGAUUAUUUUUAAAAUGUAACACUUUUUUAAUCAAAUGACUUUUUAAUAUGAUUCAUUUUAUUAUUCAACUGUGGCUUUCGCAUGAUGGUACACAGUGAAAAAAAAAAGUGAAAAAAAAAUCAUUUUGAUAUCUGAAAUGUCUAAAAGUUUUUUUGAGGGGAGUGGUGGGGUUUUUUUUUAAUAAACUUUCAUUUCUGUUGAUAAGAUAAAUAAUAAAAUUAUGUUGUAUUUGUUUUGGAUGUUUCACUUAUACAUAUGCUUCUAUUCUGUUUUGUUCGUACAAUUCUAAUGUACUACAUGUACUGGUAAUUGCAAUAAUGUACGAGAAAAAAAGCACUCAUAUACUGAAACAGAAUCUUACUUAACACAUGUACCAGAAAAUGUUGACUUUCCUAACAAGUGCUUUUUCCUAUAGCCUAUUAUUUAAUUCAUUGUAGAAUUGAAGUGCUUGGUAAUGACAUAAUCAUUUACAUACAAGUCCUUCAAAGAAGAUGGUCUAAUAUGCGGAAUAAAGGUUUAUACCAAUGUA